AUGGAAGAUUUCACUACAUUUGUCAAUACUGUAAACGGGACUUCCGUCGCUGGAAAGUGGACGCAGGGAACAGAUCCAUCGACAACACAGAAGCUCUGGGAUGUCCCAGUUGCAUCGUCUGAGGACAUCGAGAAUGCAAUUUCUGCAGCCAAAACUGCCUUCACACAGUGGUCUAAGACGUCGUGGUCGGAGCGACAGAACGCCCUACUUGAUGCCCGAGAUGUCUUGAUCUAUCAUAAGCCCGCGUUGGCGCAGUUGAUCACGAAAGAAGGGGGAAAGCCUAUUCAAUUUGCCACUCUCGAGGUUGAGCAUUCGAUCAACUUCUUACAGUUCAAUGCGAAUCAGGAGCCACUUCAGGAACAAGUGAUCCAAGAUGACGACGAACUACGAUUGACGAUCCGAGAGAAGCCACUAGGUGUCAUUGCCGCUAUCUGUCCCUGGAAUUAUCCCCUGGUCCUCUCCAUCGCCAAGGUCGCCGCCGCCCUUAUAACUGGAAACACAAUCAUCGUGAAGCCUUCGCCUUUCACGCCCUACUCCAUCCUGAAGGUCGUCGAACUACUGCAGGGUGUUUUUCCAGCCGGUGUUCUCCAAGCCCUCAACGGUGACGACAAGCUGGGACCUGCACUAUGUCAGCAUCCAGGAGUUGAUAAGAUUACUUUCACUGGCUCAACUGCUACAGGAAAGAAGAUCGCGCAGGUGGCUGGAAACCUUCUAAAGCCCGUCACAUUAGAACUUGGAGGCAAUAGCGCUAGUAUUGUCUGCCCAGAUGUCGAUCCGAAAAUCGUGGCACCUCAAGUGGCGCUUGGAUCUUUCAUGAACUCAGGUCAACUUUGCGUUGCUAGCAAGCGCGUUUUCGUUCAUGAGGACAUCUACGAUGAGUUCUUGGAGACGAUGGUCAACACGGUCAAGGAAUGGAAGGUGGCGCCGACUUCGACACUCGAGCCCGGUAUCAUGCUGGGUCCAAUUCAGAACGAGAUGCAGUAUAACAUUGUGAAGGGCUUCUUCCAAGAUUCAAUCGAGAACGGGCAUUGUUUCGCCUUGGGCGAGAAGCCAAAUGAUACUGGAGACAGCUUCGUUAUCAAGCCUGCGAUUAUCGACAACCCUCCUGACGACGCCCUCGUCGUUACACAUGAAGCCUUUGGGCCCAUUGUUCCACUGAUGAAGUGGAAGACUGAGGACGAAGUUAUCAAGCGAGCCAACAACACGCUAUCUGGUCUUGGAGGAGCCGUUUGGUCAAAGGACGUUGACCACGCACAGCGGUUAGCAGACCGAAUCGAGGCCGGUACUAUUUGGAUUAACAGCUUUGAGAAGCCUUUGCCUCAGGCCCAUCUGGCUGGUCAUAAGGAGAGUGGCGUUGGUGGAGAGUGGGGUCGACGGGGUUUGAGUGUGUAUUGUCAGCCCCAGGUGAUCCAUUGUUAUAAGACCAACGUAUAA